AUGACCGAUGUCAAUUGGGCUGCCUACAACGCUUUUCGCUGCGACUUGGCCAAGGUGCAUAAGACGUUCAGUUCGUGCACUCAAACGAAAUUCACCGAGGAGGUGGGUACCCUCACCGAUUGUUCGCUUUGUUGCAAAUUUCGGGACAAGAUUCCGCCACCAGUAGCCAGAAGGAGACAGCCAACACCGCCGGCUAACCAUGGAAAAUAAUGAAAGAAAAGCUCGAAGUGGAGACCGGAAUCAAUUGCCACAGUGCUCUGGUUUGGGACACCAGCAAAGCAAUGAUUCAAUCACGAUUCUGCUAGAAACACGAGAGAAUCGCGGUCUCUCACCCGAAACCAACUCUGAUAGGACCUUUCCGGACAGUCAGACGUCCCUCUCGCAGGCUCCAAUGAAGUCCGAACUGUCACUGGCUGCAACUAGCUCGAGAUCCUUGUCCACCACAGACACAGCUGGCUCCACCAGCUCGGUAAGCGCCAGACUAACAACUACUGAGUCGCAGUCCUCUGGGUACACCACAGAGAGCAGCUACCAGACGGCACUGGCAGUAAGUGACUUCACUCUGGGUGACAGCUUCUAUAGCCCACCAAAUCUGAUGGGUCAUCUGGAAGAGAUUCAUGUGCGAGUGCCGUUCAAUGCAACAGUUGCUCAGAUCCAGAAAAUAAGCGCUGAUCUACGCAACCUUCUCUCCAACGAGCUGACGUUAAUCCAAGAGGCAUCCGAUGGAAAUAGACAAGCCAUAUAUAUAAUUGCUUAUCGAUACAUGUAGGACGAUACUCACCCGAAAAUAUAUAUUGACAAGUUGCUAGUCUUGCGCAGCCACUUGCUGUGAUCAUAUCGCAACUGGGCUGCGCAUCAUUUGCUUGUUGACAUUAUGACAAA